AUUUUCUGCCGCUUACCAAAACGACAUCCCGCUCUCUCUGUCGUUUUACGACCAACGGAACCUUUUUCAAGUUACAUGUACCCAGGAAACUCUCCUGCCGGUCUGCGUCCGUAUCGCUGUGACAGACGCGAUAUGUCACGGCCACAUGAACAAAAUAACGGUCUCUCCGACUCACACCCCUUUCGCCGCCGCCAUUCCCAAUCUGAUCUACAGGAUAUCGUGUCACGCUCUUUGGACCCCAACUACAAUGGCAUCUUCCUUCUCGACUGGCAGCAGUUAACAUGCUUCACGAUGCCAUUGACUGUCUUCCCACCUCCAAUUCAAUCGUGCAGUAGGCAGUUCGACAUGGACAUCGAUACUGCGUCUAACGUUCCAGGGUGCAUCCGCAGCCAUACCAGGCUGUUCUCGUCCUCGGGCUCAAAACCGGUCUCUGUACUCGGCAACGAGCAUACGACGUCUCGUAUUCUCCCACCGUCUCUUAAUCAAACAGAGAGCUCACGAAGAUAUCAAUCACCUUCCUUGCGGAGAGUAUCCUCUCCCUGUCAGCAGUGCUCGUUUUACAUCCGACCAUGCCAAUUCUCACCGCCAUUGGCACCAUUAUGGCCGAUGACGAACAUCGAGGGUCGCAUCCCUCAUGAAUGCAGAUAAAACCAUUCCCGGAUGAUCGCAAAGAGAGUCGAAGAAUAUUGCAUUCCCGAAGAUUAGGACGUUGCUCUAUG